UUCGUUUUCUGCGUGCAAUCGGAGUUCGUACCGUUCGUCGGAUUGCUAUCGACACAGUUUUCCUCAUUUAUUUUGUUUUGAUUGGUUUUCAAAAUUUGCUCAGCUUCCAAAUCCAGCCUUCAGAGGUUCUGGAACUUGUUUGAAGAAUUGAUUGGUGAUUUUUUUUUUUUUUGUUUGUUUGCAGCAGCAGAAGUUAUGUCCGAGGCUCUGUUGUUUGUGAAAUUUUUAGGGCUGGCUUCUUAAACCCUAACAAAAGUUCUGGUAAAAUGGAUGUUUUAAAGGCGAUUUCUCUACCACUUGGGUUUGGCUUUCAUCCAACAGAUGUAGAGCUUAUAUCACACUAUCUUAAGAUGAAAAACUCAGGCCAAAAGAUUGACUAUGAAGUGAUACCAGAGUUGGACAUAUGCAAGUGUGAGCCUUGGGAUUUACCAGCAUGUUGUCAGAUCCUCACCAAAGACAGCAGGUGGCACUUCUUCACCUCUCGUGAUAGGAAGUACCCCAACGGCACACGCUCGAAUCGAGCCACGGUAGCAGGCUAUUGGAAGUCUACCGGUAAGGAUCGAAGCAUCAGAUUCCAGAAUCGGGUUAUAGGAACCAAGAAGACGUUAGUUUUCCAUAAAGGAAGGCCGCCCCGUGGAAAGCGCACGGAUUGGAUCAUGCAUGAAUACUGCAUGGACGAAAAAGAGUGCAAGAGAACUCCAGGAAUCAAGGAUUCCUAUGUCCUCUGCCGUGUCACGAAAAGGGACGGCUUUGAAGUUGAAGGAGAGAAAGUCUCUGCCCAGUCUGAAGAGAUUGAUGGUCUAAAAGUUGCAGAAGGCGUGGAUUCAUUGCAGAACCAGGGAAUUAGACAUGAUGAGUCUAGCUCACCUGAGAGUGCAGAAGCGCUGGAAUCAUGGCUCAAUGAGCUGUUAGAUCCCAACUUUGAUGGAUCCCUUGACUUCUGCUGCCUUAAUGAUCUUUCUUCUCCCGUGCGACCAACGAAAGAACUACAGAUGUCCGACAUUGCUUGCACUACUCCGACUCCAACGAAUGAGCCAUUGGAGUAUGGUAUCCUCUCAGAAGAAAUUUUGGGCAUCCUAGGCGAUGACUUCAACGCUAUACCCGAGAUCACACAAUCGCUUGCAGCCCAUCCCGUCAACCAGGAAACCAACUCUGCCAUUGAAGAUUUCAGAAACGAGACGCCAGAUCUUUCACAAAACUCAAACUUCAUACAAAUAAGAGAGCGCCGCGAAGAACCGCCAGCCGUAAAUUUCCCCUACCGCAUCAUGCUUGCUCAUACCAGCAAGAUGGAAUCAAGGAAUAUCUCAUCUCUUAAAGAGACCAUCGAAUGCGCACAGGCUGACCGCUGCAUAAGGUCAAAUAGCAUUCUUAAGCUUCCAACAAUGUUGGAACUCAGCGACCAGAUAUUAGUCAAAGAAUCAAAACAGAAAUGUGUGAGAAUCAAAGCCGGCAUGGACUACAGUCUUUUGUGCGCUUGCAUGAUUGGAGUUGCAUGUUUGAUCAUCAUCUACUUUCUUCUUCGUGAUUUCUUUCGUACAUCGGGGAGCUUGAGUGCUCUUGAAUUGGAGAUUCCUUUCGUUUGACUUAAUAUUUUAUGUCCUUUACAUAUAGUUUCUUGACAUAGAUGUUUUCUGGUUUUGUACAAGCAAUAUGGAUUUGAAUGUUUUGUUGUUCCUCCCUGUUUUAUUAGGAGGUGGAGGGGGGUUGUUAUUUGUGUAAUUAAUGUAUUUAAUGAUGUUGUCAUCAUCAUGAUUUUGAUGAAUAAUUUGGUUAUUUUCAGCUUU